UCCUCGCACCCACGGUCCUCGAAAUGCCACAAUACCACUGCUCGCGCGUGAAUCCUCCCCUCCCCAAAUGCCCAAACCCUACUACUACCCCUGACCGACGAGUCGAUCCUCUUCCCCUGACGGCAGCCGGGCACUCGUGCGGUCCUCCCUCCCUCCGCCGCCACCAGAGUCCUUCUGUCGUAGGUGUCCUCAUCCGCUCGACUGCUCCGCAGGAUUUGCUGUCGGAGUGGGGAUCCCUCCAUACUUCGAUUGACUUUUCUCGGUAAGAAGGCUCGACCUUGCCUGGUCGGAUUGGUCCAAGAGUGCCCUAAAUUACUACGCAUCACAGAUGGCUGCUGGGAGGGGCAUGGGCAUCAGCCAGCUCUUGAAAAAAGCAUUUCGCCUCCAUCCAUCUGGUCCAUUUCUGCCUUCUUCACCCCGGAUAAAUCAUGAAGAGUCUGUUGGAUUCAUUGGACUGAGAGCAUUAUCUAUUCUUGGGGUUGGUGCUUCUGGUCUUUUAAGCUUCGCUACCAUAGCAUCUGCAGAUGAAGCAGAGCACGGAUUGGAAGCCCCAAGCUAUCCCUGGCCACAUGCUGGCAUUCUUAGCUCUUAUGAUCAUGCAUCAAUAAGGCGUGGACAUCAAGUUUAUCAACAAGUGUGUGCCUCCUGUCACUCGAUGUCCUUGAUUUCAUACCGGGAUCUGGUUGGUGUUGCCUAUACGGAAGAGGAAACAAAGGCAAUGGCUGCUGAGAUUGAGGUGGUCGAUGGUCCUAAUGAUGAAGGUGAAAUGUUCACACGCCCGGGUAAGCUAAGUGACCAUUUUCCACAACCAUAUGCAAAUGAGCAAGCAGCUCGAUAUGCAAAUGGUGGGGCAUACCCCCCAGACCUCAGUCUAAUCACAAAGGCCAGACACAAUGGCCAGAACUACGUUUUUGCUCUGCUCACUGGUUAUCGUGAUCCACCUGCUGGUGUUUCGAUUCGUGAAGGCUUGCAUUACAAUCCCUACUUUCCUGGUGGCGCCAUCGCGAUGCCCAAGAUGCUGAUGGAUGGAGCUGUCGAGUAUGAAGAUGGAACUCCUGCAACAGAGGCCCAGAUGGGCAAAGAUGUUGUCUCAUUCUUGUCAUGGGCCGCGGAACCUGAGAUGGAAGAGAGAAAGCUGAUGGGAGUCAAAUGGAUUUUCCUGCUCUCGCUCGCUCUUCUGCAAGCUGCAUAUUACCGGCGCAUGAAGUGGUCCAUCUUCAAGUCUCGCAAGCUGGUCCUUGAUGUGGUUAACUGAGGCCUAAUGCCUCAUUUCUUCAACCAUCCAGUCGAUAAUUUGAAGUGUAUGGAAUAAUCCGUAUAUGAUAUACAUGCUGCAACUGGCAUGGUACCCAUGCCUGAGAAAUGUAGAUCUCUUGGUUACCAUUACCCUCAGCUGUGGAGGUGCUGUUUUCGGAUUUUGCCUGGUACCAGCGAAGCAUAUAAUAGAAUGUAUGUAUACAUACUACAUAGCCGAUAUUUUUGUGCAUUUCAACUCCUGUGAUGUUCAGUGUUCACUGGGGAAAUAAAUUGUUUAUGCUAUA